CCCCACACUUAAGUUCGACAUUACCCUCAAUGGAGCAAAAUGAAGGAUAAGGGGAACGAUGUUACCGAAAGAAAAGACUGUCGGGGGACUGGAAAUGGACCAGGCAGCAGGGGACAGAUGGAACGAUGGAACAAUCUCGCAGGAAGGGAACAUAAAGAACCCACUAGCACACUGUGCGUAAGGGAUCAGAGUUAGCCCAGAUGGCCACAAAACGGACAAUCCACAUGGAGCAAACAAGAAAACCCCAAAACAAAAAACACACUCGAAGGGGCGACGAGUACAGACUACUCGUCGCCGAGGUUGUCAAGGUCGAUGUCGUCCAUGAAGGCAUCAUCACUAGCUGGCGGGGGUGGAAGUGGGGAGUCCUCCCAGGGAGUCCGCCAGACUGGCUGCUCUCCCAGUAUCAGCUGGAGAAGGUGUUGUUGGACCUCCUACAUACGACGAGCCCGGCCACGCUCCCUCUCGAUGUGAGCAAGGGUCACCCCCUACUGGGCCUCCAUGCGGUCGAGGCGCUCAUCAUAUGCAGCCAUCUGGGUGUUAUAUUUGGCCUCGUGAGCCGAGAACUGAUGCUGGAACUGGAGAUGAUGCUCGAGGAGCUGCUGAUUCUGGAGAUCCAGCUGCUGGAACUGGUGAGUGAAGUAGUUGAUAGACCAUUGAUUGCACAUGCUUUUACCCCUAUUCUUGAGUCGUUUGAGAUGUUGAUUCUCGCGUUUUAGGCCGAUUUCACGCUAGGUUGUUAUUGUUUGGGAUAUUUCGGGACCUAGUACGUGAAUGAAGGUUUAGGAACGAGUUUGGUGUCGAUUGGACGAAGAUUGGACAUUUGGCAAGAAGCUGAUGGAGCCACACGGGCACGCCUAAAAACCUACACGGCCGUGUGACCUGGCCGUGUGACAUCAAAUUGUAUGGGCAAAAUCACACGGGCCGUGUAGGGGACCCCUUGUGGCCGUGUGGAAAUUCCAGGGAACUCACACGGGCAACCUGAAAAUCCACACGGCCGUGUGGGUCUGGCCGUGUAGCAUACCCGAAGCUCACUUAUCGAAACGCCGCGUUUUGCACUUCCAGACGGGCAGCUGGAAAAGUCACACGGCCGUGUGGCCUGGCCGUGUGACACGGGAGUUUCUGGGAUUUUAACCCAAUUUCCAUCCAAAAGAGAGGGGUUCGGAGUUUUAGAGAGAUAGAGUGAUACCAAGAGAGAGAAAGUGACGAACCUAACUCUGCAAGUGUCAUAGAUCAAUCUCCAUCACCAUUGGAGCCCGGCUUGAGCUUGGAGAAGAUCUGAUUGAGUUCCAGAAGUAGUUUAUCAUCCUUCACAGUAUGGUUUCCGCAUCUGAGCUAGAUUUCCCAUCUCUCUCUAUGGAGUAACUUUCUUAUUCAUCUAGGUAAUAAGAACCCUAGAUUUGU